CGACAACGCCAUCUCGAAAAAAAAACAAUCUCGAUCAGUUUCGACCUGACAUGAGCAGCAUCACCAAAUUAAUCUCGCCGUCCAAGAACCACUCGUGAUAACAUGUCGAACGACAGCAACAACCAGGGGGAGUCCGGCCCCCAGAAGCGGAGACCCUCGGGGGGUGCCACCACCCGCAAUCCCUACCUCAACUUCAUGAGGGAGUUCCGACUGAAGAACAAGAACCUCAACGUGGUGGAGCAGGUGGUCAAGGGAGCUGAGAUGUGGAGGAAGAUGUCGGAGAGUCAGAAGGCCCCCUACGUGGAGCUGGCCAGGCAGGCCAGGAGACGCAGGAAGAAGGGAGGCAGGAGGAGGAGGAGAAGGGGCAGGAGGCACUCCAUGGACGACUGAGAAGGAACCGGAGAAGGACUGGAAGGAAGGUUGUCAGCGACGAAGGGAUAAGCGAGCGUAUUUGGUUCGAUCAAAAUUGAGACGUGAUUUUUGUGUGUAUUGACGUUUGUUAUGUUGUUUUGACGUUUGCUCGAUUAAAUUUUAAGUGAA